UGUGUAUCAAUGAAAUAAAUCCUUUUCGUUAGUAAUAGUAUUGAUAAUGAAUACGUAUAUGUGUGUAUUGGAAUGUAUUAUUUAGCUAAUCAAUAGAUAGUACUGUAAGUGCAAAGCGAGAAAUAUUUAGAAUCACAUGCCUGGCAGUUAGUGAAUAUGAGCACACACACAUAUGUACUCACAUGAAAUCUAAUUGAGUCUCACUAAUAUUCAAUAGAAUUUCUUGUGUAGGUUUCUUUUUCUACCAACAGGCUUAAUUUUAUUAUCUUUAUCAUUUCAUAAGUCAACAUUAUUACAAACAUCGUAUUCAUUGUCGUCAUCGGGAUUACCGUUCUUCUAAUAGGCAAAGUGGUGAAUAAAGUUCUAAUCAAAGAAAACUAACUGCAAUCCUUUACGAAGAUUCAAAGAUAAGAUAACAAAUGACACGUGGAAGACGAUCCAGCAGUGCUGACUCCUCACAGGAACGAGAUAUCUUUUUUCAAUGUCGUGGAAAGAAACUCAGUGUUACAGAGGUAGCUGAAGGUGAAUCAUUUUCACGUUUCACAGCUGAUCAGUUGAUAAGAAAACAUAUUAAGAAGGGUCAUACUAAAAUAACUAUGACUUGUUCAGAAGAUCGGCUGAAGUUAAGUAAAGUUUCAUCGAUUGCUCCACAUUCUGUACGCAAAUCAGUUCAGUAUAAAGAUAUAAUAAAUUUUCUAGUAUUCACUAGUAAACCAGGAGUAUUUAUGCUAUGUAUAAAUGAUUCAGAAACAAGAAAGAAAACUUAUGAAAGCUUCUGUUGUGAUGAACCAUCUGAUUUGGAAACACUGACUCGUUUAAUCAGUUCUGCCAAACAUGAUCCUGAGCACAGAUUAUACAAAAGUUAUAACACCUCAAGAUCAACUAUCGACAUGAAUAAUGAUAUGUCAGCCGCCGAUUACUUUGAAAGUGCCACAAAUCUGAACAGUGAAUCAGCAACUUAUCAAAGUGGGUUUCUACGUGAUAAUGGAUCGCCAAAUACGGAAGCUACAGUACAGAAUGAUGUAUUCCAUAGUUCUUCAGUACCUUUAUCUCCAUCACAUACAUAUAACAAUCUAACCUCCGUAAACACAGUUUCAAUGACUGAAAUACCUCAUGAAGGCGCAUCUAAUGGAUACACUAAGCAUAGAACAAGCAGCAGUAAUAGCAGUAGAGGAAAGGGGAUGAGUAACUAUAACUCACCGAACGGGAUGAUUUCACCAGCAGGCAAAAACAAUGAUUUCCAUCCAUUAAUUGGUUACCAAUCUAAAAAUCAACGUAAAAACAGCAAGUUCAGUAAUGAAAAUGAUAGUGACCUAACGCCAAUGAAUUCUAGGAAUCCAAGUUUUAGAAAUCUGCUUCGAAUAGAUAACGAAAACAUCUACACACGUAAAGAUGAGCUGAUUGAACUAUUCGACAAUGACCUAACAUUUCUCACAUCUUCAUCGGGUGAUGUUUAUGAGUGUGAGAAUGGUUCAAAGUAUUUAUUCUGUCAAUCAGGUUUGGAAAGGCUUCAAACAUAUGAAGGACCAUUGUUCGAAUCACCCGCUAGUUCAAGGAGAUGAAACUUAACGAACAUUUGAAAGUUAUUUAAUGAAUACGAAAACUUGAUUAACUCAUAUGAACUAUUUUUCACUCCCAUACAAAACACAUGGGUAAGUCAACAGAACAAAAUUAUAAUUCAUGACUUUGUACUAUCCACAAACAUUUUCAAAAUUUAACGACGUUUGAACAAAAACUUAUUGUUUCUCCAAUAUUACAUAACUUGACAUGGUUUAAUGAUCAUCAUUUCAGGCUACUUUAUGGUGCUUCCUUUUAUAUUUUGUUUUUCUUCGAUUUAUUUCAUGCAAUAUAGCGUUCAACGAUUGUUGUUUUCAAACAAUUUGCUAAUUGACUGAUAAAAAGAACAAAUAAAUAAAUAUGCGUGAAUACAC